AUGUCUGACUACGGCGGUGACCACGAGGGCGAGGACAACCUCGACUACGAGCCCCAUGAAGAGGUUUUCGAUGACCUCGAGCCGGAAGAUUUCCUCGACCAGGAAGGCCUCGAGGGCGAGGAGGGCGCCGAGGGCGACUCAUACCACCCCGUCAACGGUGACGACCAAGUCGUGGUCUCGGGCGACCCUAAUGCUGGCUACUCGGGAAAAGUGAUGGAACAGUCCCGUGAGAAGAAGGUGCCCAAUGACCAGCGCACGACUACGCCGUACCUGACCAAGUACGAGCGAGCGCGCGUCCUGGGCACUCGGGCUCUGCAGAUCAGCAUGAAUGCCCCCGUGCUCGUCGACCUCGAGGGCGAAACCGACCCCCUGCAGAUUGCCCUGAAGGAAUUGAACCAGAAGAAGAUCCCGCUGAUUGUGCGGCGAUAUCUGCCGGAUGGAUGGUACGAGGACUGGACGUGCGAAGAGCUGUUGUAG